UGAUGCGAUUCUAACCCGCCUCAUUGUUUGCACGCACACGUGAAGAUCUAGUAAUGCCUUACCAGAGAAGUCGUGGAAAUAGUUGCACAACUUCGAGGCAGGAGGGAAAAACGAACUACAAGUGGAGCUUUUGCCGAUUGCCUCUGCCCGAUUAACCACGUCUACGAAUCCAAGCAAGUCUAACGUGUGCAGUCGUGAGCAGAGUGCAGUGCCCACGACUGAUCAUCAACGGCAAACAUAGAAGAUGAAACAGAUGAAAGCGAUUCAUCUUGAGGACGUCGAUGACCGCAUUAGAAGUUUUUUUCUGGACUCACCCACGAGACAGGAUCUUUCCAAGAACACAUACCGACACAAGAGUAUUUAUAUAACAAGUCACAUUGGACGAAUUCUGAUUGAAAGCUUCUUUGACCUGGAACUUUCUGACUACACGUUGUCUGGAAGACUGAAGUCAUUUCCUGGAAACUGGCGGGGUCCUCCUCCUCUUGAAAUGGCUUUAGCAGGUUUCAACUACAUCGAUACCGAACGGGUGACGUGCUUCAACUGUCGACUAGAGAUUCGAACUCAGGAAGGAGAGAAUACAUGCCCAUGGACGUCGCACAAGACGUUCGCACCAAACUGUGCCCACCUCAGGCGUUACCAUGUCAACGGCUUCUCCUCCCUGAAGGAAGGAAAACGCAUCAAUAGGAAUUCUUCAUCGGAUACCUACAGGCUGAUAAAAUGACGUGGAGUGAUUGAUGAAAGUGAAUCCUACCUCUACUCUACGAUCUUCGCCCACACCUUGAUGUCGAAACCGGUUCUCUCUUCUCUUUUCAGCGAGAUUUUCUUUAAUGACUAUCAUAGAUUCUUUUACCUUUGUUGUAGAUGCCAGUAUCCGUUGUUAAAAUCAGCGCUUUAAAUAUAAUACAACUUUUUAUAUAUAAUCAGCUAAGAUGGUAGUUAAGAAAAACCAUAUUGUACUUGACAGACUGAGACAGUUAAUUGUUAAUCACAGCUAUGGCUCUGACCAAACAGUUGUAAUAUUGUCCGUGUACAAUAUACAUUACUCCCAGGCACCCUUACGAGUACGACUUGUGUGUAUUUUAUCGAAAUUAAAGUGAUGCAGCGUGAUGUUGCAGAUGACCUUUUGUGACAAUAAUGGCACAGUAUGAUAGUAAAAUGACCUACCAAACCGGUAGUGAUUACAUGUAAGGGAGGACCUGGCUUAUCAAUACAAUUACUCGACCUUA